AUGAGGCUGUCGCACUUUGUUGCGGUCCUCUCGUCGGCGGUCUUAGCCUCGGCUGGCCCCACCUCUCCGCAGGACGCUUUCCACGAGGUCCUCACCCUCCAGCCCCUUCCUGACGGCAAGUUGUCCGUCCUGUUCGAGUUUACAACACACUUCUCGCUGCACAAGGGUGAUGGACCAUCACAAUCUCACCACUCCCUGACGCCGCCGACACUGCUUCUGCCGCUGGAGAAGAGCAACGUGUCAGAGCUCACCAUCUCGUUCACGUCUGGGCAGUGGAACCAGUUACGACACGGCGAGAGUGGGCCACCCGCGUAUGAGGCUGGCGGCGGUGGCGGAGAGGUGCGUGGAUGGCUGGAAGGUGGGGACACGGAUACCGCCUGGGACGACGUGACGCACGCGUUCGCGGGCCUGUUCUGCGCUACCGUUGGAGCCGAGCAUGUCGGUGAGAGCGUGCGCACAUUUGGCGACUUGUAUCCUCCGGCACGUCAAGGCAACAACCUCUCCCACUAUCUCGUUGCGUCGCCGCACCUCCACCUCUGCACCGAAAACCUCACGCCGUUCCUGUCGCUCCUUCCGUCCAAGGGCCUGUCUGGUCUGAGUGCGCUGCUCGCACACCCAGGCAACGUACUCGGCUGGGGCUUCAAGACGGAGGGUAUCGAUGUGGUUAUGCCCUCUAAGACGCAGCAGGGAACGUGGACAGGAUGGUGGGGUGGUGUUGUCGACCUCGUUCCCGAGCGUGGCGGCACAAGAGGGUUCACUCUCAAGACGAUCUUUGGAACCAACCUGCCGCGUCCCUUCCCCAAGGCAGCGAGCUCGACUCUCCGCCUAAUUGCUCCCGAAGGAGGCCUCGCAGUUGACCCAGCACCGCAAAAGGUCAACAAGCGUUGGGUGGACGGCAGGCGUCGCGAAGUCGCUGAAUGGGAUCUCUUUACCGAGGAUCUCCAGGACAAGGACUUCGGGUUCUGGUGGCACGAAGAGGGCCCUUUCAAGCACCCACUCCACUUUGAGCCCCCUGCGGUGACCAUUUCCCGCGUUGCAGCCGACCGUCACGCGUCGGACGCCACGUUCGUGGUGAACAUUGCCAACAAUGCCGACGUGGACCGCGAGGCAGUCUACAGCGAGGUGUGGCCCUGGUGGGUCAAGGGGUGGCUGAGCGAAAUGUCCGUCAAGGUCAACGGUGCGGCUGCGCCAGACCUUAUCCACUCGAUCGACUACCACCCAUCUACCCCACCUACCCCUUCCACCACCGACCUCCACCUGCGGCUCACCCUGCCUGCGCGCAGCACAGUGCAGCUCUCCAUCCCCUUCACCAAGCUUACACUCAAGUAUGACGACCACGUGCCCGACGCCGAACGCGGCCGCGAGAUCCCGGCGUCGGUUCUGACGCUGCUGGACGUCAAGGGCGAGGAGGAGCGAUAUGCCGACAAGGCGCUCGAGACGGGCACAGUGGACGUGCAGCGUACGUCGCGUCGCCGGGUGUACGGUCCCAAGCUGUUGCUGGACGUGCCGACACCCGACUUUUCCAUGCCGUACAACGUCAUUAUUAUGAGUUCGACUGUGAUGGCCGUGUUCUUUGGCUCGAUCCAGGGCCGCAUCAUCCGCCGCUGGGGCUGGGUGGAGGCGAGCAAGUAG